CUUUAAAUAAAGCGCCCUCAUCAAUAGUACUAUUAUACAAUUUUCUGGCCGAACUGAAAAAUCUAAUCCAUAUCAUGUCCGCACGUCGCUAAAUUGUGGAUUGCACACCGAUACCCUCUACAUCUUCACCCUGGCCGGAAAACAAGCCACCGCAAAAUCACCAUCUCCGUCAAGUCAAGUGGAGUCUUGCAGAUGGCAUCGAUCACGCUAAACAAUUUCAAUUCCCGCUGUACAAUCUCCACACGACCCAUCCCUCGUCGCAUUCACAGACGAAAUGCACCGCCAAGAAUCCCGAUUGCGGCGGCGGCGGGGCAGCCAAGCGGUGGGGGAAUGUCCGCUGAGUUUGAGGAAGGGAAACUGGAAAGGCCUAAAUGGACUGGCGAAACUCCACUCUCUCGGCUUGUUGGAGCCCUCAUUUCCUUCAAACCUCUGUUUUCUGUUCUCAAGCUUGGUGCAAGACAAGUUUUGAUCAGUACAGCUGAGAAAACCAACAUUCCUUGGAGGGACAUGACUAAGGAGAUUUUGGAGUCUGAUGUGUACAAGGAGAAGGCUGCUAUUGAAGACCCUUCAAUUGUUUAUCCUGAUUAUUAUCUCAAUUCUUUUCAUGCAUAUGAUGAGGGAAACCUCUCUUGGCUGGCUGCAGCCGAAGCAGAGGCAGCAACUAUGUCCAUGGUGAGACGGGCUAUUCCUUAUGCUUCAUCGCUUGAUGAAGCAAAUCAAAUUGUACGUGGCAAUUGGCUUCAAGCACUUGAAAACCAUCACAUGCAAUAUUCAAGAAAUUCAAUAGUUGCAGACAUUCUGGAUAUUGGAUGUUCUGUUGGUGUGAGCACGAGAUUUCUCGCGGACAAAUUUUCCUCAGCAAAAGUCGUAGGACUAGACCUGUCUCCUUACUUUCUAGCUGUUGCUCAAUAUAAGGAGAAGAAAAGAAACCAAAGGAAACAGCCAAUAAGGUGGAUCCAUGGAAAUGGUGAAAACACUGGCUUGCCUGCAAAAUCAUUCGACCUUGUUUCGAUUUCUUACGUGCCAACAUUACUUCUGAAAAUACUGUGGAAAUUUAGUUUCGUGGUCAAGGUUUGGAUGACCAUUGGGGAAAGUAAUCUGAAAAGCUUAAUGGCUCCAAUUUCCUUGGUUGGGGUAAAACUGUCACGGUGCACCUGCGGAGUAUUGACAAGGACAAUCAACUUUAUUCCAAUCCUCCCACAGACGACAUUAAAUGGGCUUGUCCGAGAUGAUGCAAAGCUGCUGAUCGAAAUUUGUAAUUCUAUCAAGCUAGACAUACUCUCAUUAAUCAACCACUAUGUUCGGUCUUUUAUGCUUCAUCAUGGUAUUUUGCAUGAGUCUUCUCGUGUUGAUACACCAGCUCAAAAUGAGUUUCAUGAGUGCCCUGAAAGAGCUAUCAAGAAUCUGGUAAAGGAGGCAUACCGACUGCUUAGACCUGGAGGCACUUUGGCUGUGACAGACAAUUCGCCAAAAUCAAAGAUUCUUCAGGAGCUAUCACCAGUGCUGUUCACAUUGAUGAAGAGUACUGAACCAUUUCUGGAUGAAUACUACCUAACUGAUCUUGAAGAAACAAUGGGGCAAGCUGGCUUUGUUCACGUGCAUUCAACUUUGACAGAUCCUAGACACAGAACUGUCACAGCUACUGUACCUUGUUGAUGUGUAUUUUCCACUGGUACUCGACAUGGUAGAGAAUUUGUACACUUCUUGGAGUCUCAUUUUCAGUAAAGCUUAUUUUGAAUCUAAAUUUGGACUCAAAACGCUAGCCUGCCUAAUAUCGUGAUUGUUGUUUAAUUCAAACUGCUUCAAUUGCUGCACUGUAUGUAUCACUAUUAACUAGAUCAUAUGACUCUCAACUAAAGGCAACUAGGAUUCUGGUUUUGAUGCUAUUUUCUCUUAAAUCUAUCUGACUCCGGUUUUGAUGCUGUUUUUUCCCUUGAAUUGAGGACCCACAUGAAGUAGGCUUGCAACCCACUUUAUAUGCCCACUACAACAUAGGCCUGCAGAAUAGAAUGCAACAUGGCCCACACAAGAAUUGGAGAUCAAAUUGGGCCAAAAUUAUCGCAGUAUGCAUUAAUCCACUUCUCAGUUGGGUGAAUUUUUUUUAUUUUUUUUAUAUUUUUUUUUCUUCUUUUCCGAUUACAAGCACGCCCUUAGCCACCUAAAAUAGAUUACCUCUCAAAGCACACGAAACUGAUAAUUUGCCUCAUCUAUUAACGACGAAUAUUGAAUCGGUCUUUAAACUGAUUUAGGGUUGUGAAGCCCAUGGCGAUACAAACAAAUUGAGGUGUGGUUUAUCGAUUUAUUAAAAUUGAUUCAUUGGUAAUUGCUCGACG